ACGUCCUCUUCCUUGCCCGCCUUGGCAUCCUCCUGGUCGGCGGGGGGCUCUUCUUGCCCAGAGGGGCUGCUGCUGCUGCUGCUGGGGUCUCCUUGCCAGGGGCGACCCUGGGCUCUUUGGCGGGGGGCUUGGGGGGCGCUCCUUUCGUCUUGGACCCCAUUCCGACGACCCCCGGGGCAAAGAGAGACACGCUUCAACCCCCUCGGACGCGAGUCGAGGGUUGGCGAUGCCCCCUCCCUCUCUCCGGGCAACCUCCCGCUCGGCUCCUCGGCUUUUUUGAACAAAUAUGGGAACCCUUCGGAGGGGCCGCCGCGGAUUCCCAACACCACAUAUAGACGCCUGGAUUAUUCUCCCUCGCCCAUGAUGUGCCCCUCCAGGAGAAGCAUGAAGAGGGAUGAGAGCAAGGAAACCUACAAACUGCCCCACCGGCUGAUCGAGAAGAAAAGACGAGACCGGAUCAACGAAUGCAUCGCUCAGUUGAAGGACUUGCUCCCCGAACAUCUCAAACUCACGACAUUGGGGCAUCUGGAGAAAGCGGUCGUUCUGGAAUUAACCCUGAAGCACGUCAAAACUUUAACUGCCUUAACGGAACAACAGCACCAGAAAAUCAUUGCUCUACAGAACGGAGACCGAUCCCCGAAGUCCCCUCCGCGGUCCGACCUGGAGGCUUUCCACUCAGGCUUCCAAACUUGCACCAAAGAAGUUUUGCACUACCUCUCCCGAUCCGAAAGCUGGACCAGCCGGGAGCAAUGCUGCAUCCAGAUGCUGGGACACCUCCACUCGGUUUGCACGAGAUUCCUGCCUGGCUCGCCCCUCUUGAUCCCAAAGCUUUGCGGGACCCAAGGACGAUGCUCCCCUCGGGAAGGGCAGCAGCAGCAGGAGGAGCAACAUCCCGGCAGGACCCUGAAGCAGGAGCACCCCCAGCCUCACUGCGUGCCCGUCAUCCAAAGGACUCAAAGGGGUAAGGGCCCAGCAACCACCCAUCACCUGCCCCCCAACAUCCCGGAGCAAGGCGGGGAGCACGACACCGACACGGACAGUGGCUACGGCGGCGAGUGUGAGGGGAAGACCCCCCAGGCCGGCUGGACGGUCAAGCGGGAGCCCGCGGGCGACGGAGGGGAGGAGGAAGAGGUUGAGGAAGCCCCCGAGGGGUCCAAAAGACGCAGGCUGGGGAACCCUGGCAGCCCCUCCUCCACCACGGGGCAGCAAGGGGUUGUGGGGAAGCCGGACUCGGCUCUUCUCAACCCCCUGGUGGCUUUGGGCGUGGGGGCCAGUGGGGGUCUUGGGGGGUCUCUCUUAGGCCAAGCCCCCACCGCCCCUUUUUGCUUACCUUUCUACUUCAUCACCCCCUCAUCUUACAUGCAGCCUUUCCUGGAAAAGAUCAGCUUGGAAAAAUCGCUCUCUCCCGCUGGGGGGGCUGGGGGACCCCUCCCCUUCGUCUACCCAGGGAUGCCCAUCCAAGGGGCUGCAGGUGCCACUGCUUUUCCUUCCCUCGUUGUGGCUGCCCCCGGAGCAGCAGCCGAGAAAGGGAGCUCGCUUUUGGGGGCAGAAACAGCCCCCCUCUUUCCCGGGGAGGGAGCCCCCGCUGCUCAGCCCCCUCCCCGGUUUUUCUCCCCCGGCAAGCCGGCCAGGCUAAACCCAGACACGGAUCCUUCUCGCCCUUCCCCAAAGCUCGCUCUGCAGCCCGGCCGGGAGAAACCUUUGCAAAGGUCCAGCAUUUAAUCCCCUCCCCCAGGAAAUUAGGGUGGGGGGGAUUCCCACAAGCGGGAAUUGACUAUUGAUUGUCUCUGGAUAUUUUUUUAAACAGAGAAAAAAAAUCCCAUUUCUGCCUCCUGCUUUGCUGAGGUCCUCUGGGAAGCAUCCUUUGCAACAGGGGUCUCCAACCUUGCGCACUUUAAACCUGGAGGACUUCAACUCCCAGAAUUCCCCAGCCAGCAAAGCUUUACAUCCCUCUCUAAGCGGUUUACAGAGUCAGCAUGUCGCCCCCCCAACAAUCUGGGUCCUCGUUUUACUGACCUCAGAAGGACGGAAGGCUGAGUCAAUCUUGAGCCUGGUGAGAAUCGAACUGUUGGCAGUGAGCACAAAUUAGCCUGCAAUACUGCGUUCUGACCACUGCGCCACCAGGAAGAAGAAUAAGAAAGGGAAUAAGAGAGGGAAGGAAGGAAGGAAGGAAGGAAGGAAGGAAGGAAGGAAGGAAGGAAGGAAGGAAGGAAGGAAGGAAGGAAAGAAGGUAGACGAAGGAAAAAAGAAAGAAAGUUAGUUAAUUAGGUUAGUUAGUUAGUUAGUUAGUUAGUUAGUUAGUUAGUUAGUUAGUUAGUUAGUUAGUUAGGCACAACCCUGAUCUGUAUGGAUGAGAAUCUCCAUAGACAUGAAAUGGUAUGUGUGAAUGACCUUGGGAUAUGAAGCAAAAUCUGCUUAAGGAUCGAUCAAAUAAGAGCCCACUGAGCCCACAGCUACACAAUGGUCAGGGAAAGAAAGUCAGCAGGGACCCUUCCUAAUUUCUCAGGCUGCAAAGGAGAUUAUGGGAGAGCUUUGUACUUUCAGACUUGCUCAACUUUGUUAAAGUAGUCGUAAUAAAAUUAGCUCUUCUGGUUG